GCGGAACUUUACUUUGAAAAUCCACAACCGGAAGUGUUUGUGGUGUGACUCGUCCUCUGUGCUCGCUGCUGUUGUUGAGAAGUUUGCACAGAGACGUAAAGUAGUCCAUGUUUCCAGCAGAAGACUACAGGUGACUGUCAGCUGUUUGUGUCAGCAUGGCGGGAGAGAGCCAACCCGACAGUGUUGUUCCUGAUGAUGACUGCAAAGAAAAGUUCAAGAAAAGUGACGAUGUUGCUUUUUACAGGCGACAGAUGCAGGGCCCGAGCAUGCAGCACCGAGCCCUCCUGGACACCAUGGUGCUCACAGAGAAGGGGGCUCGAUUCGAACUGUUGGAGCCGGACACACAGACGUCGCUGCUUCUCUCUGUGUCACCUUGCAAAGACGACACUGUCAGGAUCCUCAUAGACGAGCUCCGGCCCAUUAAAGCACGCUACCGAGUUCCAGAUGUGAUAACGGGGGAAGGAGCGCGGUGUGAACAGUUGAGAGUGGAGAGGAAGUCGAAGGACUCCGUCACCCUUUCUUGGUCGUCAGGCCGUCACCAAGUCCGUGUGUGGCAUUUCCCUUUCCGACUGGAGAUCCUGUGUGACGACGAAGUGACGCUCACCUUCAACCAUAAAGGCAAACUGUGGUUUGAGACUCUGCAGGAUCCACCCAGUGAGCUUCAGGACGACCACACAGGUUUAUUAUGGAAAGAGACUUUCAGGCAGUUUGUGGAUAUCAAAGCAAAUGGUCCCAGCAGCAUCGGCUCUGACCUCUGUUUCCACGGGUUCAGUCACGUGUACGGACUACCAGAGCACGCUGACGGCCUUCAGCUCAGAGACACCAGAGACGGUGAACCUUACCGGCUGUAUAAUUUGGACGUCUUUGCGUACGACGUGUACAGCCGCCUCGGCCUGUACGGGUCCGUGCCGCUGUUGGUGGCCCACAAUCCCGACCGGACUUUGGGCGUAUUUUGGCUGAAUGCAUCUGAAACUUUUGUGAACGUUCGUUACAGCCCAUCUGAGCAUCAGGACGACCAAACACCCCCAGUGAAGCGGAAGCGGAUGCAGCCUCAGACAGACGUGCACUGGCUGUCAGAAAGUGGUGUGAUUGACUGUGUGGUUCUGCUCGGGCCCGGUCCACAGCAGCUCUUCUCCCAGUAUGCUCAGCUGACAGGAUUUCCAGCCCUGCCUCCUCUGUUUGCUCUCGGGUACCACCAGUGUCGCUGGAACUAUGACGACGAAGCUGACGUGAAGGCUGUGGACGCUGGAUUCGAUCGUCACGGCAUCCCGUACGACGUUAUCUGGCUGGAUAUCGAGCACACGGACGGGAAGCGAUAUUUCACCUGGGAUCCUGCUCUGUUCCCUGAACCGGCCGGUCUGCAGCGCCACCUAGAGGAGAAGAAGAGAAGGUUGGUUGUUAUAAGUGAUCCCCACAUCAAGGUUGAUCCUGAUUGGUCGCUGUACUGUGAGGCCAGAGACGGAGGACACUUUGUCAAGAACAGAGAGGGACGGAUCUAUCAGGGCUCGUGCUGGCCUGGUGAGUCGUCUUACCUUGACUUCAGCAAUCCAGACACUCGAGCGUGGUACUCCAGAUGUUUUGGACUCGAUAAGUACAAGGGUUCGACGGCGUCGCUGUUUGUGUGGAAUGACAUGAAUGAACCGUCUGUGUUCCACGGGCCGGAGCAGACGAUGCCAAAGGACGCAGUGCAUCAUGGGGGCUGGGAACACCGUGAACUGCACAACCUGUACGGCUUCUUCCAGCACAUGGCCACAGCGCAGGGUCUGAUAACUCGCUCAGGUGGCUUAGAGAGACCUUUUGUCCUUUCACGCUCCUUCUUCGCUGGGUCACAAAGAUUUGGAGCGGUAUGGACAGGUGACAACGUUGCCAGUUGGGAGUACCUGAAGAUCUCGAUCCCAAUGGUUCUGUCUCUGAGCGUGGCUGGGAUUGUAUUUUGUGGAGCCGAUGUCGGUGGCUUUGUUCAGGACCCGGAGCCGGAGCUGUUGGUGCGUUGGUACCAGGCGGCCGCCCUGCAGCCGUUUUUCCGAGGUCACUCUGCAAAGGUGACAAAGCGUCGAGAGCCCUGGCUGUUCGGAGAUGAAGUCACCGCUGCGAUCCGCACCGUGAUCCAAGAGAGGUACUGUUUGCUGCCGUACUGGUACACUCUGUUUUACCUGGCUCACACCUCAGGUCUGCCUCCACUCAGACCUCUGUGGGUGGAGUUCCAGAAAGAAGAGAGCGCCUUCACUGUGGACAGCCAGUAUAUGAUCGGAGGAGCGCUGCUGGCCUGUCCUGUGACUGAGCCGGGUGUUCAACAAGUCCAAGUGUUACUGCCUGGAUGUGGUGAGGUGUGGUACGAUGUCCGCUCUGCAGAGGUGCAUGAAGGAGGCAGGACUCUGAGUCUUCCAGUCACCCUGGACACAGUUCCCGUGUUCCAGCGUGGCGGCUCGGUGGUCUGCAGGUCAACGGGAAGUGGCUCCUGUACCGCCGAAUAUCAGCAGCUCCCCCUCUCCAUCACCGUGGCCCUCAACAGUCAGGCCGUCGCUGAUGGUGAGUUGUACCUGGACGACGGCCACUCCUUCAGCUACCGUGACAGAAAGGCCUUCUGCCUGCGCCGGUUCAGCAUGCUGUCAGGCCGUCUGGUCUGCCGUCCUGCCGGUGAAAAAGGAUCGUUUGACUGUGAUACCGCGAUACAGUCGGUCACCGUCCUCGGCGUGAAGAGCGCACCGUCCGCGGUGGUUGUGCACGUGCCUGGAGCUAAAGACGCCUCGGCUGCGUUUCAAUACACAGAGACCUGCUGCAUGCUGACGGUGAGCGACCUGAACCUCAAAGCGACGACGGACUGGGAGAUGCUGAUCCUGUAGAUGAACGUGUUGCUUCUUCCUGUGAGGAGAGCGUCAGAUAAACUUCACAGUACAAACUGGUACAUGUGUAACUAACAGAAACGUGGCACUCCACAAUUAUAUUUUAAUAAUUUUACAUUUGAUCCAACGUCCGAUUUCUUUUUAAGCACUUUAAAUAAAAACGUUAACGAGUACUGUACGUGUGUUUUAAAUCAGGUUUGUUGACUGAAUCUGGAUCUGUGGUGACAAACAUCACGAGAACAAAAGAUGUUUUUAAUCUGAACGAUUUUAUGAAGAAUAAUCUGAGGAAUGACGCGGUUAAAUAAAGAGCAAGCUGACGUGACAUAACCG